CAAUUGCGAUAUGCCGUGGAACAGUUGUUCGAAUAAAUUAUGCCUUUUGUGCAUUGUCUUAUUGCAAUUAUCUGGAUCAAAUGGAAAAACCAAUACAGCAGCUCAACAAAAUGUGCUUUUGUUGCUGGCUGAUGAUGCAGGAUUUGAAAUGCGAUCAUACUUGAAUAAAAUAUGUCAAACCCCUAAUUUGGAUAAAUUAGCAAAGGAAAGUCUGCUAUUCAAUAAUGCAUAUACAUCAGUCAGUAGUUGUUCACCAAGCCGUUCUGCAAUAUUAACUGGAUUACCAAGUCAUCAAAAUGGGAUGUACGGUCUUCAUCAUGGAGUUCAUCAUUUCAAUUCUUUUGAUAAUAUUCAAAGCUUGCCAAAAAUAUUAAAAAGAAACAAUAUACGAACGGGAAUUAUUGGCAAAAAACAUGUAGGCCCCAGUAUCGUUUAUCCAUUUGAUUUUGCGCAUACAGAAGAAAAUAAUUCUAUUCUUCAAGUAGGUCGCAAUAUUACUUAUAUAAAGCUACUGGUCCGCGAAUUUCUGUCACAAAAUAAAACACAACCCUUUUUUCUAUAUGUUGCCUUUCACGAUCCACAUCGGUGUGGGCAUACUCAUCCAGAGUAUGGUAAUUUUUGCGAAAAAUUCGGUAAUGGUGAUGUUGGAAUGGGUACAAUUCCCGAUUGGAAUCCAGUAUAUUAUCAAUGGGACCAAGUUAAAGUGCCCUACUAUGUUCAGAAUACUGAAGCUGCUCGGAGAGAUAUUGCUGCCCAAUAUACAACAAUAUCACGUUUAGAUAAAGGCGUUGGCCUUAUUCUUGAAGAAUUGGAAAAUGCAGGAUUCAAGAACAACACAUUGGUGAUUUAUACGUCUGAUAAUGGUAUACCUUUCCCAAAUGGUCGUACAAAUCUAUAUGAUCCAGGUCUAGCUGAACCCAUGAUGAUGUCAUCACCAAUCCAUGGCCAUAGGAAAAACAACGUGACAUAUAGUUUGACGUCUUUACUUGACAUAGUACCGACAAUAUUAGAUUGGUUCAAUGCAACUUACAUGGAUGAAGAUUCCAAUGAAGUGUCUUUUCCGCAACUUACUGGCAAAUCACUUUUACCAUUGCUUCUUGAAGAACCCACAGAAAAUAAUACGGCAAUCUUUGCUAGCCAAACACAUCAUGAAGUUACCAUGUAUUAUCCUAUGCGUGCGAUUAGAACUAAACGCCACAAACUUAUACAUAAUAUUAACUACAGAAUGCCAUUUCCUAUCGAUCAGGACUUUUACGUAUCUCCGACUUUUCAGGACCUUCUAAAUAGAACAAGGAAUCAUCAAUUUCUACCAUGGUAUAAGACAUUAAAGAAGUAUUAUCAGAGACCAGAAUGGGAAUUAUAUGACUUAAAAUAUGAUCCAGAAGAAUUAAAUAACAUAGUUUCAAAACCGUCCGCAAAGAGCAUAUUUGUCGAGCUUGAAAAACGAUUGUCCGAUUGGUUAGAAACAACAAAGGAUCCAUGGCUGUGCGCGCCAAAUAGUGUGCUGGAGAAUAUUGGACGAAACAGUAACCCUCAAUGUAUGCCACUGAACAAUUUAGACGAUUAAGAUUCUUUCCUAAUAUUGAUCGUCGAUAACUAUUACAUGUUUUCUUUUUUAUAAUUUUAUAUCCCGGAUUGUACACAUAGUAAUGAUAAGUAUUGAAUAUAAACUAUAAAAAAUAAUACUCAAUAAUAUAGAA